AUGAAUUGCUGCGGCGGGAAGCGGGGCUCCAGGAUCUUUGUUAAUCGGUCUGUAUCCCCUAUGCUGUCGUCCUCUUUAGAUGAAUCAGCUGUCAUCGAAGAGAAGUGUCAGUACACAUUAGUCCCUCUAGAGGAUCUCGAGGUGGAGCGGUGCUCCUCAGAUCUCUUCCCACAGUCGUCCACUUUAUUAUCAUCCUCAUCAGUAAGCGCAACUCCUCCUUGUGGGCCUCCUUUACUUGAAUUCGACAACAGUAGGCAACCGAGCACCUCUGCAAGUACGCAGUGCUAUAUACCAUCCCAGAACUCUGAUUUCCCUGCACAAGGUAGCGUUCUUCAUAAUCCUGAUCACUCCAUCGGCGAGGUUUCUUCUAAAGAACCAUACUCGGUGGAUGAACACGGAAAUCAGCUCUAUCCCACGGACUCCAAGGGCCGUGAAUACUAUGCCUCUGCUGAUGGUAACGAAAUCUAUGCCCUGGAUAACUGUGGUUGCGAAUAUUAUGCAAAGAGAGCAGAUUCUCAGGAAUAUUACGCUAAACUUGCCAACGGAGACGAAAGGCUGGCCAAGAAUAGUUUGGGAGAUGAGAUGUACGUGACAGAUUUGAAUCAUAUGGAGUUAUAUCCUCACACGGCGUGCGGAGACCCUAUUUUCGCUAAAGAUGCUGACGGGAAUGAAAUGUACGCUUAUUCUGGAGAGCUUAGGCAAGAGAUAUAUCCGUGUGAUCAGCGACGCUGGCAGGUCUAUGCACGCCUUGCCACUGGCGCCCAGGUCUAUGCCAGAGCUGCAACGGGAAGCGACUAUUACGCACAGGAUCCAUUUGGAAGCGAAAUCUUGGCUAAGGAUGACAAUGGGUCAGAGUAUUAUGCAUGCGACGGUGCUAACAAUGAGUUCUAUCCAUUAGAUGCAAUUGGGAACACGAUUUAUCGUCGUGCGCUAGAGAAUGGGAGGGAGUUCUACGCCCGUGCUAAAAAUGGCGACGAGCAUUAUGGAAGCAACGCAUUGGGUGAUGAGAUCUAUGCGACUGAUGAGUCUGGGAACCAGUACUAUUCAUCAGACUUCACAGGUAGACGCAUAUAUGCCAAAGACCGUCACGGCCUUUAUUAUUCUGCACAUUCCAUUACAACACAGAGCACCCACACUGUUGCAGAUGACAGACAGGCAGCAGUGGACGAGGACCCAGUACAACUUCUCUCUGCAAGUAAUUAG